AUGAGGGUGGUGUUUUCUUCUCCCCUUCCCCUACGCCAGGGACUCGGCUUCAUGGCGUCACGCACGCAGCAGCUGAGGGGAAUGCUGGGCCGCACGAGGCGGGCGUGCGCCGCUACCAAGUCACGGGAUUCGCUGCUCUCUGCCACGUGGCAGCUCACGGUUGCGUCGGACGCGUUAGCUUCUAGCCGCGCGCAUGGCGUGGCAGCCCCUGGCGCAGUGGGGAAUGCAGCAGCAGCAGGCGGAGCAGCAGGCGGAGCAUCAUGCGGAGCAGCAAGCGGAGCAGCAGCAGCAGCAGCGUUCUUACAACCAUUGGAGGCCAUUGCUGUGCAUCUACAGCUGCAAGCAUCCGCGCCCGCUGGCCUGCGAUCCCUGGGAUCCCUAGAGGGCACCCCCCAGCCAUCCCUACUCCCCCAUGCUCUUCUGCCGUCCCCCGCCCACGCGCUGCUCUGUAAACCAUGGGGGGCACAGCCUCGGCAGCCCCUGAAUGGAUUGCCUUGGAUGCAGCAGGUUGUGGGUGGGGGACGCACGAGUCACAGUCACUCUGCUGCUGCCUUUCACUCGUGCGCGCAGCCACAGCAGCUGAGCGCCGCGCUGCUUCUCCGCCUGCCACGUGGCAUGCAGCCGUUGGUGCUGCGACCAGUGGAAGCAGCAACUGGAAUCCAGCAGCAGCAUCGGUGGUACGCCAGCAGCACACAGGGCAGCAGCAACAAGGACGGCAGUGGCAGUGGGAGGCGGGAGGUGGUACGGCAGGAGGAGGAGGACGUGUUCAGCAGCAUCACGGACAAGAUCCCCGAACGGCCCGUCUCCGCUGCCGAGGGCGCGUCCUACUCGAUCGUCAUCCUCGCUGCGCUGGCUGUGGCGGCCGGGGCGGCGUAUUUUGUCGUCAAGGAGCUUCUUCUGGAGCCCAAGGAGUACAAAGUCUUCAACAAGGCACUUCAGCGCGUGCAGAACGACCCUCAGGUGAUAUCGCGGCUGGGGUCGCCCAUCACGGGGUACGGCCAGGAGAGCCGGAACCGCGCGGCACGGCAGCGGAUCAGCCACCGCGUGUGGACGGAUGAGGAAGGGGUGGAGCGGAUCCAGGUGAUGGGUCCUAGUAUCGCCAGCCCGAUUACGCUCCCCGUUCCGUCCAUAGCACAGUCCGCCUGCAACGCUCCGCGCCCGCCGGGAGCGGGCCAUAGCGACGCUCUUAGUCCUCUCCACCCCGCGUCGCUUGGCCCAGCCGCAUCGCAGUCAGAAUCCAUGGACGUUCGCGGGACACACGCUAGUGCUGACGUGGACAACGAGAGCAACGACCGAUGGCAGCAGUGGCAGGAGGAUCGACAGCGGGAAACAUCUAGCGCGCUCGAGCCGACUCCUAAGAGGUUACGCGGCUCGUACCGCUGUCGUCGCUGCGGCCAGCCAAAGAAAGGCCACGUGUGCCCGCUGACGUCACCGUCUCCCGCACCGCCGUACGCCCGUCGUCCAUGUCAAUCCAAUCCGCACCACGCGAACCACUCCCAUCCGCCUAACCCCUCUUCUUCCGUCGGCGGCGACCCAUCGUGCGGCGGCGCGUGCGGCAACACCCGCGACUGCGGAUUCGAUUCGCCCAGCGGAAUCACCCGCGCGGACAUGCGCAAGCCCGCGUCUUGCAGCAUGGGGAACAUGCAGCCGCUGCGCCUCCCGGACGCCUCCACCGGCCCCGCGGACUCCGCCAACGCGUACACUGCGGAUGGCGGACGCUCCUCCGCAUGCCACGGCGGGACGAUCGCGCAUAUAAGCCUCACCGCGCCCGCGCUCACCGCAUCGUGCCGCAGCCUCCCCAGCCGCAGCGGCUUGUCAGACUCUAACUUCUCCUUCCCCGCCGCGCACACCCACGUGCACGGCAACGCGCACGGCGCCAUCACCUCGAGAAUGGCGCCCCACUGCGCGUCCCCGCACAGCCUUCCGCCGCUCUCCCACUCAAGCCUCCGCCCUGGUCCCCCCGGGGCGAGCGGGCCGGCAGCGGCAGGUUCCGUGCGGCCGGCGGUGCAGAGGAGUCCCCAGGACAUGUGCAUGCUCAACAUCCUCGCUAAGCUGCCUCCGCGCGACCUACUAAGCGCGAGCAGCUGCUGUCGGCGGUGGCGGCGCCUGGCGGCGGAGAUCUGGGGCAACGUGGAGGCGGCGGCGCUGUCGCUCGACGCGACGCCGUCGCUCGCGACGGACGCGCUCGUCUACGUGCCCUUCAUGCUGCGCCGCUGCCCGCGCCUCGUGCACCUCUCGCUGCAAGCCGCCAGAUGCGUGGACGAUCGCCUACUGCAUCACAUAGCCGCCGAGCAGCCAAAUUUGGAGUCGCUCGUCAUUCGCACGGCGCCCAACGUCGCAUGCCACGUCACGGACAACGGCAUGGCGGCGCUGCUGCACGGGUGCGCGUCGCUGCGCGCCGUGGACAUGGACGGAUGCAUCGCACUGCCAUCGCUCACCGUCACCUCGCAGUCCUUGACCGCGCUGACACUCUCCGCCUGCGCGCGCCUGUCGCGCCUCUCCCUCGCGUGCCCCGCGAUGCAGCGCCUCUCGCUCUCCCUCCUCCCCGCGCCCGCUCCGCCCUCACCCGCUCCGCCGGCGCGCACGUGCUCCCAGACGCACGCGCACGCGAGCGCGCAGAUGAGCGGAGACCCCGCGCACGCGGAGGCGGUGAUCGGCCACGUGGCGAGCCUCGCGGCGCCUCUCGAGCGCCUGCACAUCGCGUCGCCCUACACCACCGAUUCGAUGGUGGCGGCGCUGGUGCGCGCACACGGGUCGUCGCUCUGCGCGCUCUCCAUCACGCACUCGCUCUCGCUCACCGAUGGUACACCCACUCGUCCUUCCCCUCCCACUACCGCCCUUGCACACCAUCUCUCAUCCCCAUUCUUCCCUCCUUCAACUCUCAUGUUUCGCCUUCCUUUCGCGUCCCUCCACUCCCACCCAUUCCCACUCAUGCGUCCCCUCCAUACCCCCCGUGCGCCCGUGCGCCCGUCGCCCGUUCCCCCCCAUGCGCGCGCAUCAGAGGGCGUGGCGGACAUCUGCCGCGCCUGUCCGCAUCUGCAGCACCUCGACCUCUCCGCCUCGCCCAACCUCUCAGACGCCGCCCUCCACGCCAUCAGCGCCUCGCUCUCUCACUCCCUCACACACCUCCUCCUCGCCGCCUGCCCUGGCAUCACGCCACGUGGCGUGCAGGCAUUAGUGCAGCGCCUUCCCAAUCUGGAACUACUAGACGUGGGGCGGUCGUUGCUCCCCCGCGCCCCCUCGCCCUCCCCCACCCUCGCCAGCGCCGCCAGCACCACCAGCGCCAUGGGCGCAGCGGGGGGAGGGGUGGACGGGUGGAGGGGGAACGGCGGGGGACAAUGGGGGGACGUGGGGGGGGAUUAUCAGGGGGAGAUGGGGAUGGGGAUGGAUGGGGGAAUGGGGGGUGUGGGGGGCGAAGGCAGCAAUGGGUACAUGGGGGGUGGGGAUGGUGGUGGUAUGGGGGCGUCAAGCGCAACAGGCACAACAAGAGGAGUGGCAGCAGGGGGAGAGGGGCGGAGGUUAGAGCUGCGCAGCAACAGCCUGAGGAAGCUCAGUCUGUGGGGGUGCUCGCUGCUGCAGACGCUUGUGCUGGAUUGCCCGCAGCUGGAGCACCUUAAUGUAAACCUCUGCACCGCACUGCACCCAUCAGCUUAUGGCUGCCGCCUCAACUGCCCGUCGCUGCGCUUCAUCCUGGCCGUUGGAUGCCCUGUGUCGCCCCACACCCUUCUGCGCACCGCGUGCCUUGCAGACCAAUCCCCAUGCAUGGGUGAUGGCAUGGGUGAUGGCAUGGGGGGUAGCAUGGGGGAUGGUAUGGGUGAUGGUAUGGUUGAUGGUAUUGGGGAUGGUAUAGGUGAUGGUAUGGGUGUUGGUAUGGGGAAUGGUAUGGGUGAUGGUAUGGGGAAUGGUAUGGGUGAUGGCAUGGGCGAUGGUUAUGGGGAUGAUAUGGGCGAUGGCAUGGGGAAUGGCAUGGGCGUCCCUCCCAACACUUGCUUGGGCGAUGACAUGGGGGUUGGCAUGGGCGAUGGCAUGGGGAAUGGCAUGGGCGAUAGCAUGGAUCCAUCUCAAAGUGGGUAUGUGGGAGAUGGCAUGGGGAAUGGCAUGGAUCCAUCCCUUGGCUCAUAUGUGGGAGAUGGCAUGAUGCAUGCACAACCAAGUGCAUGGCAACCCCCUUCCCACACGCAGACGGGGAAUGGCAUGGUAAAUGACAUGGGGAAUGGCAUGGGUACAGGCAUGGUGUUUGGCGGUACUGCCGGCCCGCCUGCACCAGCAGCAGCUGCUGCUAGCACUCAUCUGCCCGUCGACCCAUCACUGCCUCCACCGCCCUCGCCACCUGCUCCUGCUGCACCAACAACAGCAACCAUCAGCAACACCUCCAUGGGCACCGCCCCCAUCACCAACCCACCCCCUGUCCUCCCAUCAUCUAACCUGCCCCUCCUCCCCCUCCUGAUCCCACGGCCCUCCUCCCCACAGGCCCCGUCCCCCCUCGGCCUUCCCCCCACCGACUCCCCACAGCAGCCCUUUAAGGAGAGAGUGAGCCCAGAGAAGUGGCACGGUGUGCCGCACUCCCCCUCGCCACCCCUCCCUAGUCGAACUGCUUGA